CAGCGCUUUCCUCUGAUUGGGCAUUUUCUCUUAGCAGAAAACCAAUCAGCGAGGGAGGUGGGGGCGCCGCCAGGCUCGCCUACAGGCCCUUCCCCGAGUUCCAGCGCCCACCCACGCCCCUGGAGGGUCAGAUUGGUGGAGGAUGGCUCUGGAAGAGGGCCGGAGCCUGCCCGAGGUGCGGGCGCGAGUGGGGGCUUCACAUGGCAUCACCGACCUGGCCCACAAGCUUCACUUCUAUGACCAAUGGGCUCCGGACUAUGACCAGGACGUGGCCGCCCUGCAGUACCGCGCUCCCCGGCUCGCAGUGGACUGCCUCACCCAAGCCCUUCCAGGUCCACCCCACGCUGCCCUGAUCCUGGACGUGGCCUGUGGUACUGGCCUAGUGGCUGCAGAGCUGCAGGCUCGGGGCUUCCUCCAGCUGCAUGGGGUGGAUGGGAGCCCAGGGAUGCUGGAACAGGCCCGGGCCCGUGGCCUCUACCAGCACCUCAGCCUCUGCACCCUGGGUCAGGAGCCUCUACCCAGCUCUGAAGGGACCUACGACGCGGUGCUGACAGUGGGCGCCCUCAGUGACGGCCAGGUGCCCUGCAGUGCCGUACCUGAGCUCCUGCGAGUUACCAAGCCAGGUGGGCUGCUGUGUCUGACCACCAGGACCAACCCAUCCAACCUGCGUUACAAAGAGGCGCUGGAGGCCACCCUGGCCAGGCUGGAGCAGGCCAGGGCUUGGGAAUGCCUGGUGGCCUGGCCGUGGACCAGUGGGAACUGGCCACCUCUGAGCUCGAGCUGGGGCCUGGCGCCUCUGACAGCGACGGCUUCAUCUCCGGCAUCAUCUACCUGUACCAAAAGCAGGAGGCAGCCCAGGCCGAGGGAGUGAGGCCCAGUGUCUAGCCCCCAACUGGCCUCCGACCCUCCAUGAGGCCUCGGCCAGGCUCAUCGCUGGGCCUCCUCUGCUUUGCCUGUAAAACGAGGCCGCUGCGCCAACCCUGCCCCUCAGGAGAGCGAUGCCUAUUAAAUGAGUCCCAGAAGCGGCA